AUGGCCAACAUCCUUCUCACCGGUGCUUCCGGCUACCUAGGCGGCAGUAUUUUAGCCCAACUGCACAAUUCGGGCGACGGGGGCAUAGAGCUACCAGCCCAUGGCACUAUCUACGCGCUCGUUCGCAGUGAUGCUCAAGCACAGGCUGUCCAGGACUAUGGCGCUAAACCCGCGGCGUUUGAUCCAGGCGAUGAAGCCGCCAUUGAAGACUUCAUUAUGGAUCAUAAAGUAUCAAUUGUCAUCUGGUUCAUCGACGUGGUGAAUGUUGACAGGCAGAUUCUGUUCAUCCGAGCGCUAGCUAAGCUGCGGCAGCAGACUGGUAAAGACGUUCAUUUUCUGCAGGCUGUCGGCACAAACAAUACCAUAAUCGCUUUGGCAGAGGAGCUUGGCGUGAAAAGCUACAUCAUUGCGCCAUGCAUUGUUUAUGGCAAGGGAUUGGGAUUCGGCAACCAGAUUUCUGCUCAGACCGUAGCUAUUGUUAGAGCAGCCAAGGAGGCAAAGCGAGUCUAUCGCGUUGACGACAAUUCGCCGACGUGGCCCGUAUGCCACAUAAGAGACAACACCAGCCUCUAUAUUCACCUGCUCGCCACCAUUCUCUCUGAGAGUCGCAAUCCUGGUCACGGAAAACAGGGCUACUAUCUGCCUUCGCCGGGUAGCAUAGUAUGGGACGACCUCUACAGUCGUAUGGCAGCAGCACUGGCGAAGAAGGGCAUUGUCGACGGCGAACAGACUACGCUGGCGGAUGAUGAAGCGCUUGAGGCGAUGGGCCGCGGGCUGAAAUGCCCGAAAGCUUUUGUGCGGGUACAGUUGGCUGGAAAAUGCACACUUACACCAAAGAACGGCAAAGAAAGUCUGGGAUGGGUGCCUAACUUUACGCCGGAGCACAUUCUGGAAACUGCAGAAGCGGAAGUCGAGCUCAUUCUGAAACACAUUUGA